AAGGUUGUGAGGCUAACAAAGAAGAAAGGGACGCAGUUCCUGAUCCUGGAGGGUUCAUAGUCUAAUGAGGGAGGAGGGUAGAAGAUGGUAGGUGACAGCUGGGUGUGGUGGCACUCGCCUGUAGUCCCAGCUACUCAAGAGGCUGUGGUGGGAGGAUUGCUUGAGCCCAGGCAUUGGAGGCUGCAGUGAGCUAUAAUCACUCUGCUGCAUUCCAACUGAGUGACACAGCAAGACUCCUCUCUUAAAAAAAAAAUAAAAUAAAUGAAAAAAAUAAGAUUCAAGACAGGGCACAGUCGGUGCCAUCAGGAAGGUUCAAAACACGGGCUAGAUCAGUAGUUCUAAAACUUGACUACACAUCGGAAUCACGUAGGGAGCUUUAAAAGAUACUAAGGUUUAGGUCCAACCUGGGUUUACUGAUUUAACUGGUUGUGGCUGUGGCCUGGGAACAUGGAUAUUAAAAAUUCUCCAGGUAGUUCUACUCAGUAGCUAGGUUUGAAGACCACUGCCUAGAUGUCCCAAUGACUAAGAAUGUGCGCUGGGGACAAGCCAAUUCUCUUAGUAGAAAGAGGCUUUCCAGACAGAAUUCUUAUUAUUGAGAACUGAGAAUUCAUAUGCCACUCACAAUUUAUUGUUUUAAAGUGUACAGAUCAGUGGCUUUUAACAUAAUCACAAGGUUGUGCCACCAUCACUGCUAUCUACUCGGGAAAAUUUUCCUCCUUUUUUUCUUUUUUUUUUUUUUGAAACGGAGUCUUGCUCUGUUGCCCAGGCUGGAGUGCAGUGGCACAAUCUCAGCUCACUGCAAGCUCCGCCUCCCGGGUUGACCCCAUUCUCCUGCCUCAGCCUCCCGAGUAGCUGGGACUACAGGCACCCACCACCACGCCCAGCUAAUUUUUUUGUAUUUUUAGUAGAGACGGGGUUUCACUGUGUUAGCCAGUAUGGUCUCGAUCUCCUGACCUCAUGAUCUGCCCGCCUCGAGCUCCCAAAGUGCUGGGAUUACAGGUGUGAGCCACCGCGCCGGGACCCUUUUUCUUUUUUUUUUUUAAAGGCUAGUCACGUGAAACAGUGGGAGUGAAGAAGAAACAAAAACAUCUAUAAUUGGUUGUGAUCAAUUAGUCGUAAACACCACUGCACUCAGACCAGCCUAACUGGGAAGAUUUUAAGGAUAUGGUGUGGUCUGAUAGGUUCCAAGGCAGAGGUGACAGUAACCUGGAAGAGGGAGACUGCUUAGGCAGUGGUAUCCUGGUGGGAUAGGGUGAGGAGAUCCCAGAGCCCACGUGUACUGCAACCCUGGGGAGAUGUCACCAGAGAAAUGGGGGUGGUGCCAGACAGCAGAUUGUGGGAGCUAUGGUUUCCAUGGUAGAGUAGAAGCAUCCAUCAUGUGUGACAUUCAGCAGAUGGGUCGCUGUGGGUGGCUUGGAGCACUCUGGUUGUAACUGAGGCAGGCACAGUGUUUAGGAAGCCUGUGCAGUAAUCUAGGCUGAAGAGAGGGGAAAGCCUAGACUAAGAUUGUGGCUGUGGGAUUGAAAUAGCGUUAAAGGAGCUGACUUUGACUCCCGGAGAUGAAGGGGAAAGAGGAAAUCAGAAGGGACCAAGGAUGGUGAUGUUCUUAAGAGAAACUGAGGAGGAAGAGAGGAUGAUGUGGUGGGAGACGUGUAGAGAGCCUUUGUAGAUCUGUCACAUUGAAGGGGACUAUGAUCCCAGAGGUACAGAUGUCCUAAGGCAGGCUGGAAAAGAGAGUCUGGAGAGAGCUUGGUGUUGUAGUGAAGCAUGGGGAACCGCCUCGUCGGCCCUGUGAUCACCCAGGGACUGAAUAGAGAGGGGGCCCUGGGAGACCUCAGACACUUAGAGGAUAUAAGGGAGUGAAAGGGGGACCUGGCUUUGAGUCGAAGGGAGAAGGAGAUUAUGAAGCUGAAAGGUCUAAGAGAGUUUGUGGUCUGAGCGUUUCUACUGGGGCAAGUGCUUCUGAGAGGCAGAGGCGGCUGAGAUCUGGAAACAGGUCUGCAAAUCUGGUCACUGGUCUCAUUGCCAGUAACGCUGUGCGCUGUUGAGGGAGUGUAUUGGGAGAAAAACCACGCGUUGUCUGUCCUGGAAGGAACAAGCCAGUGGGAGCCGGCCUGAUGGGAGGACUGGCGAAAGCGGCUUGGUGAAGCCCGCGCUCCUUGGGGGUGGGAAUGCGGGGAUGGGGUCGUCGCGAUGCAGGGAGGGCGACAGGGUCCAGGCCGUGCUCAUAAGGUUGGAGCUGUACUCUCAGCUACUCGGGGCUGGUCCUUGAUUUUGGCUGCGCUUGCGCGCGCUCGCCCCUUUCUGGGUGCCAGGUCCCGCCUUCUAAAUCUCUCCAGGUCUCCAGGACGCUAGAAUUUUCCCUUCCGAAAGUGGCCCCGCCCUCUCCACUCGUGAUUGGCCCUAAGUUCCGGGCCUCAGUUUUCAUUGGAUAAACGGUCGCUGAGCGGGGCGCAGGCGACUACAUUUCCACUGUGUCUUCUCACUGGCUUCGCUCAGUUGGGCACUGCUGAGCAGCUGAGAAGGUGGCGACGUAGGGGCCAUGGAGCUGGGCCGGGUCCUGCUUUUUCUGGCCGUCGCCUUCCCUUUUGCACUCCUGGCGGCCGCCGCUGAGCCCCACAGUCUUCGUUAUAACCUCACGGUGCUGUCCCGGGAUGGAUCUGUGCAGUCAGGGUUUCUCGCUGAGGGACAUCUGGAUGGUCAGCUGUUCCUGCACUGUGACGGGCAGAAAUGCAGGACAAAGCCCCAGGGACAGUGGGCAGAAGACGUCCUGGGAGCUGAGACCAGAGACUUGACAGAGAACGGAAAGAACCUCAGGAUGACCCUGGCUCAUUUGAAGGACCAGAAAGGAGAGCCCCAGUCCUCCAGAGCUCAGAUCUUGGCUAUGAACGUCACGAAUUUCUGGAAGGGAGAUGCCAUGAAGACCAAGACACACUAUCGCGCUGUGCAGGCAGACUGCCUGAAGAAACUACAGCAAUAUCGAGAAUCCGGCAUAGUCCUGAGGAGAACAGUGCCCCCCAUGGUGAAUGUCACCCGCAGCAAGGCCUCAGAGGGCAACAUCACCGUGACGUGCUGGGCUUCUGGCUUCUAUCCCUGGAAUAUCACACUGACCUGGCGUCAGGAUGGAGUAUCUUUGAGCCACGACGCCCAGCAGUGGGGGAAUGUCCUGCAUGAUAAGAAUGGAACCUACCAGACCUGGGUGGCCACCAGGAUUCGCCAAGGAGAGGAGCAGAGGUUCACCUGCCACGUGGAACACAGCGGGAAUCACGGCACUCACCCUGUUCCCUUUUUUUCAGGGAAAGUGCCGGUGCUCCAGAGUCAGUGGACAGACAUUCCAUUUUUUUCUGCUGUUGCUGCUGCUGCUGCUGCUGCUAUUUUUGUUAUUAUUAUUUUCUAUGUCCUUUUGUGUAAGAAGAAAACAUCAGCUGCAGAGGGUCCAGAGCUCGUGAGCCUGCACGUCCUGGAUCAACACCCAGUUGGGACAGGAGACCACAGGGAUGCCACACAGCUGGGAUUUCAGCCUCUGAUGUCAGCUCCUGGGUCCACUGGUUCCACUGAGGGUGCCUAGACUCUACAGCCAGGCGGCCGGGAUUCAACUCCCUGCCUGGAUCUCACCAGCACUUUCCCUCUGUUGCCUGACCUAUGAAACAGAGAAAAUAACAUCACUUAUUUAUUGUUGUUGGAUGCUGCAAAGUGUUAGUAGGUGUGAGGUGUUUGCUGCUCUGCCACGUAGAGAGCCAGCAAAGGGAUCAUGACCAACUCAACAUUCCCUUGGAGGCUAUAUGAUCAAACAGCAAAUUGUUUAUCAUGAAUGCAGGAUGCGGGCAAACUCACGACUGCUCCUGCCAACAGAAGGUUUGCUGAGGGCAUUCACUCCAUGGUGCUCAUUGAGGUUCUCUACUGGGUCAUCUAGAGCCUGUUGUUUGAGGAAUGCCGUCUUACAAGCCUACUCUGGACCCAGCAGCUGACUCCUUCUUCCACCCCUCUUCUCGCUAUCUCCUAUACCAAUAAAUACGAAGGGCUGUGGAAGAUCAGAGCCCUUGUUCACGAGAAGCAAGAAGCCCCCUGACCCCUUGUUCCAAAUAUACUCUUUUGUCUUUGUCUUUAUUCCCACGUUCAUCCUUUGUUCAGUCCAAUACAGGGUUGUGGGGCCCUUAAUAGUGCCAUAUUAAUUGGUAUCAUUAUUUCUGUUGUUUUUGUAUUUUUUUUUUUUUUUUUUUUUUUUUUUUUGAGACAGAGUCUCACUCUGUCACUCAGGCUGCAGUUCACUGGCGUGAUCUCAGCUCACUGCAACCUCUGCCUGCCAGGUUCAAGCACUUCUCGUACCUCAGACUCCCGAAUGGCUGGGAUUACAGACAGGCAUCACCACACCCAGCUAAUUUUUGUAUUUUUUGUAGAGAUGGGGUUUCGCCAAGUUGGCCAGCCCAGUCUCAAACUCCCGACCUCAGGUGAUCUGCCUGCCUCGGCCUCCCAGAGUGCUGGGAUUAUAAGAAUGAGCCACCGUGCCUGGCCUGUUUUAUUGUAUUGUAAUAUAUUUUAUUAUAUUAGCCACCAUGCCCGUCCUAUUUUCUUAUGUUUUAAUAUAUUUUAAUAUAUUACAUGUGCAAUAAUUAGAUUAUCAUGGGUGAGCUUUAUGAGUGAGUAUCUUGGUAAUGACUCCUCCUGACCAGCCCAGGACCAGCUUUCUUGUCACCUUGAGGUCUCCUCGCCCCGUCACUCCAUUAUGCAUUACUCUGUGUCUACUAUUAUGUGUGCAUAAUUUAUACCGUAAAUGUUUACUCUUUAAAUAGA